UCAAUCAUUUCUACUCUGUCCAUUUUAGAGUGUCAAAACUAUCAAAGUCUGACUGGGUCAGACAGAAAGAUAACCUAUGGCAAUCAAAACACGGUUUGUGACAGGGGUAUUCAUGGUUGGUAUCGCUUUGAAGUAGCAGCAGGUACAAGAAUGCCUACUUCAUGUCCACCAAAACAGCGAUGUAACACUCACGCAUCCGGUUGGCUAAAUGGUGCUCAUCCCACAGUGGCUGAUGGUCAGGUCACCAGGACAGUUUGCUUCCACUGGGGGUCAAACUGCUGCAACUUGUCAAGAUCUGUCAACGUGAUAAACUGCGGCGAUUACUAUGUUUACUACAUAACUGGCACACCCGGAUGUUCCCUCCGCUACUGCAGCACAGACUAA